CUGCACUUAUUGCCUUUCACUUUCAACUUAUUACUCAACUUUAGAUUCCUCUUUUCUCUGUUUCAGAUCUCCAACAAAUUAUUAUAUAUAGUAUAGUAUAGCGCUAUUGAAUUAAUUUCGUUAUCAAUUUAAUAGAGGGACGAUCGAUCUUGUUAUUUUCCAAGUUUGUUGGAGAGAUGGAGCAGCAGUACUGUUGUAACAAACCUAGUUCCUCAUCAUCAUGUAAAGCAGCUGAUAGAAAGACAAUUGAGAAAAACAGAAGAAAUCAAAUGAAGGAUCUAUAUAUGAAGCUCAAUUCACUUGUGCAUCAUGAUCAACAUUCUAAGGAAUUUUUGUCACUGCCGGAUCAACUGGAAGAAGCCGCGGAUUACAUAAAGAAACUGCAGAUAGAUUUGGAGAAACUGAGACUCAAAAAAGAAAGCUUAACAGCAGCUGUUGGUACUUUAAAUUCAAAUUCAAGCAGUAAUACUAAUGGGAGAAUAUUGGAAAAUACAUUGCCAUUGCCACAUAUUGAAAUUCACAGUGUGAAUGCAGCUCUAGAAGUGCUUCUAAUUACUGGAUUAGAUUAUCACUUCAUGUUCAACCAUAUCAUACGUAUGCUUCAUGAAGACGGCGUACAAGUUAUUAAUGCAAGUUAUACUCUUGUGGGUGACACCAUCUUCCAUUCCAUACAUUCUAAGGUGGGAGAAAGUGCAACGUUGUUGUCAGGAUACGGAGCUGCAGCAAAGAUUAUCUCAGAGAAAUUGAAGCAGUUUGUGGGUGCAGCUGCUACCUAGCAACCAACCAAGUUAUAAUGUUUUCUAUAUUUUGGGCACGUGCUAAAUUAUCUAGCUAGCUGUUUUAGUACUUGUUCAAGGACAAGGUUUAUAAUUUCCUGCAUGAUGAUUGAAGUUCGACUCUUGGGUUUUCCAGUUAAUUAUAGUAACUACUUAUUAAUCGAUUGAUCACUUGAUAAG